AUGUCAGUGUCGCAACCUAAUUCGAUUGCAAAACAGCUGAUCAAGAAAAAGUUCGGCAACAUGGAAAAGAAACUAUUGUUUGCGAUGACUUUGACAUUGGCCUGGCGUUGGGGCGAGACGGCAUCGAAAGGUCUAGACUACCAGUCCGAUUUGGAUUCUGAUUUCGCACCGUAUACUCUCGACGAGUACGACUUCGAUGACUUCCCGGAGUUAAGAGAUGACGAUCAAAAAGGUAGUACUCAUCAUGGAGACACAUCCGAUAGUCUUCCAUCGAAAGUUAACACGACCGGCUACGAAAGGAAGAAAACUGCCAGCAAAGACUUAAAAUCUCAGCACAGCAUUGGUGAUCUGAAGAAAUUCUUCAAGUCCCGCGGUUUGCACGAUGAAGGAGAUUACUCCGAUGAUGACGCUCACGAAAUUAGCGAAGGGUUGGCGUCCAAAGCAGUCAAGGUAACGGGGAACGAAGAGAGAAAGUACAGGAAGGGGACAAAAACACGCGGAUUCCACAGUAUCCAGCACAAAGAUGAAUACAAGAAAGACAAGGAAAUCUACGGGGAUGACGAAACAAGUGGAUUUAUAAAAAAGACAGGGAAUAAACGAAUUGGCUUAGCAGUUGACACCGGUCUAGGCCACAGUCAGAGGAGUUUCCAUAACGAUCACAGUAAAGCAGUUCAGGGAAAACAAGGGUUCUAUGAUAAAGGUCGUUCAAGGAAACAAAAUAGAGCAUAUUCCGAUUAUAGAGGAUUUAAUUCCUAUUUCGAUAGUUAU